AUGUCCCAGAGUCAACAACUCCAUCGCUGGAGGAUGCUGAGACUCCGACAGGCAGGUGGACACCCUUCACAGAGAGCAUCAAGAGAGGCUGAGGGCAUAGCUAUGGCUACCAUGGAGGAACGGAUGACCCAGGGCUGCGUGGAUUUGGUGCAAAUGGCGGAGGAGGUGGCCAGACACACAGCUGAGACGGCCUUCAGGCAGAUGCAAGAUGCCCAAUUUAUCAAACUGUCCAUUCAAAGCCAGGAAGCCAUUCUGGAUAGGUGCCAGGUGUGUCCUGCUGAGGAGGACCCAGUGGAGUCAGCAGAGAGUGCCCCUCAGUCAGAGCCCAGAGAGGCUGCAUCACCCGACAUUGAACCAGAACCCCAGGAGGAGCCAGAGCACCAGAGGGCCUCUCCAUCCCCUCGUUCAAGCCCAGAGCCAGAGCAAUUCAGACAGGAGCCUGAACCUAAACCAAAGGCCCAGAACGCCAAAGUAGCACCUGAACCGGUGACCCAACAACCACCUGAACCGGUGACCCAAAGCAAGGAGGCAGAGGACUGCAACAAACCUGACACCACUACCAAGGAGGAGGGGAAGACUGUAGAGGAGGGCGAAUGUGGUAUGAGCUCCAGGCUCAGUGUGCACCCAGCUGUCAAUGUGGAGGAUGUGGAUUCAGGCAGAGAGGGAGGAGGGGAUGGAGGGGAGCACCACCACCACCACAUUCCCCAAAUCCUUACCCUACAGGACCCCAACUUUAAGACCCUGACCGUACCCGGAGUGUCCAAAACCAGCCGUCAGAGUAAAGUUGCUGAAAAAGAUGAGAAGAAACCCAAGAAUAUCUGGACCAAUAUAAAGAAGGUGUACUCUCAGAGUGAGGAGGAAGAAGAGGAGAUGGAGUUCGCAGUGAGGGCAUGGCCUAGCCAGUCCAGCAUCCUCAGUGGAGACGAUGGGCUAAAGGAGCGCCCUGCGUCGUCCGCUAGCCAGGCCAGCUACGUGGUGAACGAGCGCCUACAGGAGCUGGUCAAGAUGUUUAAGGAGAGGACAGAAAGGGCCAAAGAGAAACUCAUAGACCCAGAUCACUCUGAUGAUGACAGUCCAACUGCCUCCCCUGCAAGAGCUCCAACACCAUCUCCUGCACCUCCAGAGGAGCCGAAGGAGGAGGAGAUAGAGGAGCAGCAACCCAAGCCUAGAUUAUGCUGCAAGGUGACGCCUCCUCGCUGGAUCAGAGCUUUGCUGCACUACCGCUUCCCCGCUAGCAUCGACCCCUUCACCAAUCUGGUCUAUGUGCUGUGGCUGUUUUUCGUCACCUUGGCGUGGAACUGGAACAUGUGGCUUAUCCCGGUGCGCUGGGCCUUCCCCUACCAGAACCCCAGUAACAUCUACCUGUGGCUACUCACUGACUAUCUAUGUGACCUCAUCUACAUCCUGGACAUACUGGUCUUCCAGCCCCGCCUGCAGUUUGUCCGCAGUGGAGACAUAGUGUUUGACAAAAAGGACAUGAGAGUGAAUUACAUGAAAACCUUCCGGUUCAAGAUGGAUGUCAUCAGUCUUGUUCCACUGGAGUUGUUCUAUUUUAAAACUGGGAUCAACCCACUCCUCCGCUUCCCACGACUACUAAAGAUAAUGUCUUUCUUUGAGUUCAACGACCGUCUUGAGGGCAUCCUGACCAAAGCCUACGUUUACAGAGUGAUCCGGACCACCACCUACCUGCUGUACUGCCUGCACUGUAAUGCCUGUCUGUACUACUGGGGCUCUGCGUAUGAAGGUCUGGGCUCCACGCAGUGGGUCUAUGACGGACAGGGCAACAGUUACAUCCGCUGCUACUACUUUGCUGUGAAGACCCUAAUCACCAUUGGUGGACUGCCGGACCCCACAACGCUCUUUGAAAUCAUCUUUCAGCUCAUCAACUAUUUUGUAGGAGUGUUUGCCUUUUCCAUCAUGAUUGGACAGAUGAGAGACGUGGUUGGUGCAGCCACAGCAGGACAGACGUACUACAGAGCAUGCAUGGACAACACUGUCAAAUACAUGGCCUCCUACCGUAUCCCUAAAGACGUGCAGAACCGGGUUAAAACCUGGUACAACUACACCUGGCAGUCCCAGGGCAUGCUGGAUGAACAGGAGCUUCUGGUCCAGCUCCCAGACAAGAUGAGGCUGGACAUCGCUGUAGAUGUCAACUAUGACAUUGUCAGUAAAGUGUCUCUCUUCCAGGGUUGUGAUAGACAGAUGAUCUUUGACAUGCUGAAGAGACUGAGGUCUGUUGUUUACCUUCCAGGGGACUAUGUCUGCAAAAAGGGUGAAGUUGGACGGGAAAUGUACAUCAUCAAAGCCGGCGAGGUGCAGGUGGUGGGCGGGCCAGACGGGAAGACUGUGUUUGUCACGCUGAGGGCGGGGUCAGUGUUUGGGGAAAUCAGCUUGCUGGCAGUGGGUGGAGGGAACAGGAGAACAGCAAACGUGGUGGCUCAUGGCUUCGCCAACCUGUUCAUCCUGGACAAGAAGGACCUCAAUGAGAUUCUAGUGCAUUACCCCGAGUCCCAGAAGCUGCUCCGCAAGAAGGCCAGGAAGAUGCUCACGAAAGAUAAGAAGCCUCCGAAGGAGCCGGCCCAGGUGAUCCCUCCUCGAAUGGUCACGCCCAAGCUAUUCAAAGCUGCUCUGGAUGUGGCGCAUCAGAAAACAGGCCUCAAAGGGACCCUCGCCAAGAUUAAGGAAAAUAUCAACAAAUCCAGCGUUUCUCUACAGCCCUCCAUGUCCUCCUCCCUGCCUCCCUUGUCCCCAGUCUCUCCAGUCUCCAGUCUGGACCCAGAGCGCGAGGCUAACGCCAUGUCACCAACCAUAGACAGCUCCACGCUGCUCUGCCCCGUCUCCCAUUGUCACGGAGAUGAGACACUCUCCAAGGAGCAGGGCCAAGUGGCGGGAGAAGUUGCAGGAGAGAGUGGGAAGAAGAAAGAAAAGAGAAAGGCAUGAGUUGUCUCCAAAAGCUUUAAAAGCUGUCUUCAUGUGGAGAAAGGGAUGCACUUUUUUGUCCCUCUGUACUCUACUGCAGAGAGGGAGACCAGAGAGAGAAGAGCCAUGGUUCCUAAAGAUCAUCCAAUUAUGUCUCAGGAGUCACAGACUCACAGUUUCUGUUCCUUUAUACCCAUAUACUCUUCUUUUAGCUAACCCUUUGAUACUUGUGAAGUACACUGAGUAUACCAAAUUUGGAACACCUACCUAAUAUUGAGUUCAACCUCCCCCCCUUUUGCCCUCAGAACAGACUCAAUUUCUCAUGGCAUGGACUCUACAAGGUGUCGAAAGCAUUCCACAGGGAUGCUGGCCACAAUGCUUCCCACAGUUGUGUCAAGUUGGCUGGAUGUCUUUUGGGUGGUGGACGAUUCUUGAUACACACGGGAAACUGUUGAGCGUGAAACCCAGUGUUGCAGUUCUUGACACAAACCGGUACGCCCGGCACCUUCUACCUAAUAUCCCGUUCAAAGGCACUUAAAUAUUUUGUCUUGCCGAAUCACAAUCUGCAAGGCACACAUACACAAUCCAUGUCUCAAUUGUCUCAAGGAUUAAACAUUUUAAAAUCCUUCUUUAACCUGUUGCCUCCUUCAUCUACACUGAUUGAAGUGGAUUUAAUAAGGGAUCAUAGCUUUCAACUGGAUUCACCUGGUCAGUUUAUGUAAUGCAAAGAGCAGGUGUUCUUAAUGUUGUUUUGUAUACUCAGUGUAUAGGGCCUAGGCUACCUAAUUCCACAGGGAUGGAGAAACAGGUGCUAAACUGAUGUCUUUGAUAUUGCAGUAUAUGUUUGUGUUUACAAUCCCAGAGGUAAAUGUACCAAUCAGCAAUAAUUGACACAGACAUCAUCUCAUCAGGGGUAUGACAAGGUGGUCACACAGGGUACAGCUGUGAGUGUGGGGGAGGUCCUCUCCAAGUCUUCUGUUCUGUCUGUUUUCGGAAAAACAAAUGCCUUCUCCUAAAACCUAGUUUUUGUUCAUUUUAUUCCUUUUUAAAAAUGCAUUCAGUGAGGGGGGGGGGGGUGAAAUGGGAAAUACUAUAAAAAUGUUGGAAUCUGAGGAAAGAUUUUGAAAUGUUUACGUUUUGUAAAGAUGACCAGUUAUUUAAAGUUUUGUUCAAUGGAAUGUUAUUGCCUUAUUUUUCAUGGCCCUUGAUAGUGUUUCUGGGGUGAAUGGGUCAAUGAUGUAUAUAUUUUUAAUCUGAAAAUGUUGAAAUGUGUACACCUUGAGUGUACAAUUUUUAUAAUGGUCAGCUUGUCAAUGUACAUAUUGUUUUAAAUGCAGAAAGGUAGAAGUGCAGCUAAUAAUUUAAUCAAGACUGGUAAACUGUCAAUCAUGAGUUCACCAUGCCAGACAAUCAAAGAUUUACUUUUAGUCGGCAGCUAUACCUUACAAAAUCAUUUUGAAUUUAGCUGAACAAAUGACACAACAGCUUUUGACACUAAUGGGUAUGUUUAAAAUGACUGUUUAUAAUUUUUUUUACUAACUUGACAGAUCAGAAGACGACUCAUGUCCACAAUUUAUACAUGAACAGUACAUGUUUUUAAGUUAGAGGUUUUGUUAUCUGUUGGAUAUACUUUUUAAUCAUACUGUUAACCAAAUGCUGUUUUCAAAAGUUUGUAAAUACAUUGUACAUGGGGGGGG